AUGUUCGUCCUCAAGCACCUCCGGAACUUCCAUGAGUAUGACACCAAAGGUGCGGGUACCAUCUCCAUCCCGGAGAUGAAGGCGGUGCUGAGAACUACCACCAUUGGCCUGACGGAGAGGGAACUCAAGACUGUGCUCAAACAGGUGGAUGCUGAUGGAGAUGGGUCUGCCCUUUGGCUGGCAUGGUUCAUGAGUGGAAUUGCCUGCAUGAAACCAGUGAAAGCAAUCGUGAAGCCGGAUUGUGCGAAGCUGCAGUCCUGCAGUCCUGCAGUCCUGGAGUGUCACCUCCUGUACACCGACCUGUUUGAGGGGGCUGCUGGGGAGGACGGCGCAGUCAGCCUCGGUCAGCUUCAGGACUUCUUGCAGCAACACAAGAUGAGCGUCAGCGAAGACCGCUUGACGAGUAUAAUGAAGGAGGUGGACGACGAUGACAGUGGUGUCUUGGAGCUGGACGAAUUUCUAAUGAUGCUGGUCAAGGCUGCUGGCAUUGGGAGAGCUGCGGAAGAUCGGCUACGACUGUGCCGCGCUGCGGGAGGCAUGGCACAGGAGGUCCAUGGCAGGGGCAAAUUGUCCAUGUUGUGCUUGCGAGCAGUUGUGAGGCUGGCUUCAGCGCAGCAGAUCUCAUGGACGUUUGCACCGUGUGCCCGGCAAGGUUUGCUAAGUUUUGGCACCGUCAUACAAGCUGACGAGUUUUCUCUUGAUGGUCAGGCUCGGGAGCUGGCUUCCGGCGGCGUGCCUGGGACAGAUGUCAUUGAUGUCAUCAUGCACCCACAAAUUGCUGCAGCAGGUUGGGACUGCAGACAUGCCAAAGAGGCAGGAUUCCACCUUGCUGAUCUGGCAUCCGCAGGUGCUUCCAUCAGGAACAUGCGGACUGCUGGGUUCACCGACGUAGCCUCCGUAAUUGCUCUUCGAAAGCGGGGAGUGCAAGCUUGGAAGCUGAAGCUCGGCGGCUUCACGCUCUCGGACCUGCGCAGCGGAGGCUACUCCAGUGCCGAGCUGCGCUUGGCAGGCUUCUCCAGCGCUAGCAUCGCGGCGCUGGAGAAGAACCGUGCGUGGGUCUAUUGCAAGGCAAACCCAAACGGUGAGGAGUAG